AUGUUAUCGGCAAAAGCUCACUUUGUCUUUUGGGCACUCUCCUUCAUCUCUGUCCUAGCGCAGCCGCUCCGGCCUUGGCUCCAAAAGCUAUUCGAAGCCGACGACGAGGUGCAGGGCAUCUUUAAGCAUGCAGUUGUCUACUACGGCGUCUGGCUAUGCUUCUACAUUGUCGAACUGAGGACGCGGCCGCCUCUUCACGGGAUGCCGCCCCGACACGAUCGACGGCCGCCGGGCUUGGGAUGGUAUCCUUGGGUUGUUGGAGGAUGGGCCUUGAGGAACAGGGAUUGGCUUUUUGAACUUGGCACGGCGCUCAUGUGUUUGAUUGUGGGGGAUGCAGCGUUAUGGGCGAGCGGCGUUGAGGAGGAAGAGGAGUGGGUUAGGGGGAAGAUUGUGAGGGUGUUGGGGACGUAUAUGUAUCUCGGGACGGUUGAUCCGGUUUGGCGAAACCAGCUGGGGCACGAUAUGAUGCUCUUUUCGAACGCCGUGCUGGAGCUGGUGUUUCGUAACGCGCUGGUCUCAACUGCAUCCAUUGGGGCGCUGGCUAUUACGGUGGAAACUGCAGCGUUUGUCUAUACAGGGGAGCCAUUUGAUGUUUUCGAGUUUUGGUUUGGGGGGGCGACGAGACCGCACCAGAUCUUGGUCCUGGUAUUGCUUCUGGCGCCUUUCACGGACCUGGCAGACACGGUGAUCUAUAUGGUUCUCAGGAGACACGACUACCAGGAAUACGUGGAGCAGAUGAACGAAUUGAUUCGGCUACGGUCUUUCUCCGUGGUUGUGGAGAGAUUUUGGGUGAUGUUUUGGUUGUCGGUGAUGUAUUACGUGCUCGUGGUUUUCAGUGUGAUGAGCUUGUUGUGGGAGAUGGCUGGAGAUGGUAUUUGGGGAAACUUUUCAAGCUGGAUUGGUGUUUGGUAG